AUUCCAGAUGCUGCCUUGCUUCGAAUACUGCCAAGAUUUACACUACAGUUUAAUGACGAUGGACAAUGGAGACCAAGCCAGAUAGACGGAGUGUUGAGAAAAAUAACAGAUGAUACACUGAUCAACUUUGUACUCCCGGUUGGAAAUGUUGCGCAUGCCCAGGCUUGGUCACACAUUUUUGGUUACUAUAUACCAGUGAUGCCAGUUCUUGAACGGAGGAUUAAAUCUUUUGAACUGUUCACGCCCAAUAACAUGCCUGUCUGUGUUUAUGAGUUAAUACCUAAGACGUGUGACAUACCUGAAGUACUAGGACAAACAGAUCCGUCCAUAGUCCUUGCUGGAAAGCUAGAGAAAAUUGUGGUGAACAGGGCAGGGAAUAAAAACAGAACUUAUAUCCCGAAUGUGUACCGUAUUCAGGAGGGACAACGGGUUUAUUACUGUGUCGCUCAGUAUCCGAACGUUCUCAGUGCUAUUGAUAAAAUGGAAAAGUCCAAGGAAAUCAGAAUGGACAAAAAGGACAAGAAGAUACAAGUGAAGAGAUUUGCCAACACCCUCCGCACAUUCAUCAACCAUUCGGACAACACUUUGUGUAGAAACAAAAUUAGAGUCCUGCAAUUCGACGACGAAAAAGAAAAGCCACGUGAUGUGUUGCUACGUGCAAUAAAGGAAGACUUGGUGGCCCCAGCGGACGUCUCGGGAAUACGCGCAGUGUCGAACAAAACAAACAGCAAAUGUGAAUGUGACGCUUACAUCGUCUGUAGUGAUUGCGAUACGGAAGAGGCGAACCGUAUGUUGGACUUUCUGAAAGAGAAACGCAAGAUCGUUGAUUGCUGCGAGUCGAGAUGUGGACCUCAGUUUCAGUCAUUACAGAAAGAUAUUGAGAACAGCCGCUGGGUAAUACUGCUUCUGUCAAAAGAAGCAUUAACGGACCCCCGUAUGGACUAUAACAUAAUAGCAAUCUUAAAUGAUGGCGUAAAAAGACACGACCUCAACAUUUUGCCUGUUCUCAUCGACCUGGAAGAAAAACACAUUCCCGACGCACUGAGAUGGAUUGGAUUUCUAGAAAAGAAACAUGGCUAUGAAGAAAGGCUCCUGCAAUGGAUAGAAGGGAACGAUGUUCCAUUCGCUCUAGACUCCACGUGUCUCCCUGCCUGGAACAUAGGCUACACGCUAGCUUUGGGCUACAUCGUCAACUAUCUUCAUACAGUUCUAAACCAAUUUUGUGACUUCAUUCCGAGAGCCCUCGGGAUCAAGAACAUUGACCACAACACGUGCCCACAAAAGGUUUACCUUAUAGUACCAGAUAGCGGAAUAUGCACGGACCUUGUGCAUUACAAGUGUGAAUACGUCGAGCACGCCGUCAGAUUUGCUGAGAUUGACGAUUUUCAGGGAGCGGCAAAUAUUAUCAAAUCUCUUGAUGUUUACAAGAUCACAGAUCCCGCAACAAAGGAAAGCUAUUACAUGGUGUGUCAGUUCCCGGCUCCUAUUCUUACUCUAUGUAAAAUGAAUGACUCCAAGAUCGCUGGGCUGAAUGACCAAACAAUGAGGGAGGAAGCAGACCGAUUUUGUACCACGCUCAGCUUGCUAAUGCAUGGUCCUGUGGGCAAUGGUCUCGCGGACAAAUACGAGCUUGUCCGAUACGAUGACUCUACGCAGGAAGGCCUUCCGAACAAAAUAAUUCCGCUGAUAAAGAGAGACAUCGGCUUUAUACAGAGGGGCUCAACAUAGGCACAAGAUAGAGAGAGAUACUAUCAAAAAUGAUACCAUUUACUAACAACUGGAGUCAAUGCAAUAAAAGAGGG